AACCACCCCGGGAAAAUCACUGUGGAUUACUUUUCAGCGGAUGUAAUUGCGGUUUGUGGAAUUGUCGUAGGCGUUACUUUGACUUGCCUGGGACGGCCGAUCUGCUUGAUUUCCGAAUGAUCACCUAGGAUAAGAUAAAUUCGACCGAGGAUUUCUCGACGACCGUCUCGGUAAAUUGAGGUGCUCAGCCCGUGGGGGUGGGCACGUUGCCUUGGUGCUGCGACGCUUUGGAAUAAUUUUUUUUUUGACACCACAGGAACUUUUGUUUUAACACAUUUUUGGACCAGGUUUAAGUUUGUUCAGCUGCUUGGUCAUCUCUUGAAUGGAAACCAGAGGAGCUAGGUCAAAACGAGGGAUUUCAAGUCGCGAUCCUUCACCGGAGUUGAGCAAAAGUCGACCGCGAACGAAACGGGACCAGUCACCGAAGAGCUGCAGCGGUGACAACGGGGCGAGGGCGGCACCUUGUGCGGGGCAAUCGGUUGCGUCAUCCGGCGAGGUAAACAAGCCCGUGGGCGCUGGGCCAGGGGCUGGCGGUGGCGGUGGUGGUGGAUGCUCUAACUUAAAUGGGAUGAUCGAAAAGGACAAGUGGAUGGCUAAGAUGGAAGACCCGUUGGAGAAACAGCGAAUCAGGGAGCGGCUGAGAGCGAUGCCUUCUGGGAAAAAAGACGGAGAAGAAAAGCAACGUGGUAGGGGGCCCAUGGUUGUAAGACCUCCUUCCCCUUCAUCCCGCCAAAUAAGUUCGGGUGCGUCGUCUGGGUCCAAGGUUGAUGUUGCUAAAAGACCCUCGACUCUCCGAACAAAACGUUCGCCUUCACCCAGACAGACACCAGAGUCUGUCUUUGCCCAACAGGUUGUUUGCCGGUCUGGUUCCCCGACUUCUCCAAGGAUAGCCAGACACAGAUCCAGAAUAUCCCCAGUGAAUUCGCGACCUCCUUCCCCGCCUUUCUCCUCACUGAAGCGAAGCCCCUCCCCCUCCCUGAAGCGAAGCCCCUCCCCCCAGGGGGAGAUCAGCAUCGCCAUAGCGGAGGAGAUUCUCCAGAAGAGAGUUGAGAGGGCGCUGCACGCCAGGCUGUACCUCCUGCAGCAGAGUGGACCCAACUCAUUUGUGAUUGGCGGAGACUCGCCCAGUCACAAAUACAAGGUCACGAUUGGCCCACAGAACUGCAACUGUACGAAAGGGCCGUUCUGCCUACAUGUGCUGUUUGUUAUGCUGCGAGUCCUACAGGUGCCGGAAGGCGAUCCCAUUCUUUGGAGCCGAACACUUAUGAAUUACGAGGUGGAGGCGCUCUUCAAAAACUACCAAGCCCGACAGAAGAAACGUCUGAAACGCUCCAGCAAAUCAACCAGUCAGCACGAGAGGAAGUCUUCCCAUGAUGCGUCAGCAACGACAAGUACGAGCACGUGCACUACGUCUCUCAACAGCACAACAAGUAGCGACCAGAGCAACAAGGAGGAGGAUUUGUGUCCAAUCUGCCUCUUGGAGAUGGUCGACGGGGAGAGCCUGGUAGUCUGCCAAGACGGUUGCCGCAACCGACUGCACCACCACUGUGUAGCCAUCUGGGCGGCAGAAUGCGAGAGGCAGAACGAUCCCCUCAAUUGUCCCCUGUGCCGCACCAAGUGGGACACACCCCCCGAGGAUGGCAGUGAUGCACCCCCAAACACACGGAAGCCGUCCCCAGCCCAGUCCCCAAGGCUGAUGCGAAGGGCCAGCCGGCAGAAUUCGGAGGCCGGGGAGCUGCCCCAAGAAACACAGUCCUGGAUUGAGGUGUUUUCAGAGGACCUGAUUCGUCCGUUGUUUUCGAGGGAGUGGUCGUUACGAGAGAGCGCUUUCCACCAAUUGAGGCCCGCCAUACGUGCCAAGAUCCAGCCACACGAGGGCGCUGUUUACACACCAGAAGACGAAGCCGUCAUCAGGACUUGUUGUAGGAUCAUAGCCCUGGGCUGCUCGGAUCCGGUCUACAAAGUCUACGUGGCUGCUUUGAAAGGGCUGCGCACCAUGCUGUCGUGUAUUCAGUGUUUCAACGAGGCGGACCGCCAUCGGCUGAGAGAGGAACUCAGACAUGUCGUAGAGCCCAUCCUCUUCAAAUGUGCUGACGGCAACAGGCGUACCAGUCAACUUUCCAUCUCGGCUUUGAUUGAGCUCAGCAAGGGUCAAGCAGGGGAGCUGGCGGUUGGACGAGAAGUCUCAUCCUCUGAUUUUGUUGGUCUUGGUGCUGUGGAGUAUGUGGAGGAGUGCAUCUUUGACUCGUCUCUGUCCUUUGAGCCGGCCUGGCAACCCCAUCUUGGCCGCCUGUGCGUCCUGGAGAAGCUCAUGAAGGAGUUCCCCGAGGAGUACGUCCCUAGCGAGGAGGAUGGCUCGCUGCAGGCCGCCAACUGCGACCACUUGAUGCGGGUGCUUCGGUUCGCCUUGCAGGCGGCCCGCAACAACCACAGCCGCAUCUGCAAACUGGGCAAGAGAGUGUUUGUCAACAUCGCCCGCAACACGGUCCACAUGCCCGUCAUGUACGAGAAGGUCUGCGACUCGUUGCUGGAGCUGGAAGCAGACCUCCAGCACGGGCUGCGGCGACGCCUGACCAACAUCCUGGACGACUUUGAGGCGUCGAGGACCGUUGCUGAGCGAUUACAGGAAACCGAUCUGCACAUAUACGGUAGAGUAGUUCAGGACAGUGAAGUGAGCUCCGUGCAUGAUGAGGACGAGCUUCUUCACUUUGCAGGAGAACAGGACGUUAAGACACCGGAGAGGAAACUUAGCGACAACAAAGAUCCCAAAUCCCUUGCAGUUGUUUCGGAAGGUAUCCUUACCCCACCUCCGACCCCACCGUCGCAUAACUCUUCGCAAUCUCAAAGGCCAACGUCCAAAAUCCCGCAGUUGAAGCAAGACAGGUAUGCCUCCAACAGACCACACCUUGCCUUCAAGGGGGACAACAGGCCCAAUUUAAGCGAUUUCUCGCCCAUCCAGAGAGAAGCUGGAGCUUCAAAGACUGAGGAUCUCUCCGACCUAUCCCUGUCCAUUUCUCCGUGCUCGCCCACCGACCGGGCCAUCACGUUCAAGAAUGAGAUCGCCACGGCCAGCACGCUGUCCCCGAAACACGUGCCCGGCGGCCUGAGCUGCAAGGAGCAGAUUGAGAUGGAGGAGGCGGAGGCCAUCGUGGUUGCCAUGGAGACAUCCAUCACCCAGAAUCCUCUCCCCAUCGUGCCAGGGUUGUCUCCUGGGAAGGACCAAGAUGUGAUUGUUCAUAUACAGAGUGAGGAUGGGGAAACACCCAGAGAAAAGUGCUACGUGGAGAAGGAGCAUUGGGUGAAGGGCGUCUUACUUGGGACCGGGGCCUUCUCCAGUUGCUACCAAUCCAGAGAUAUCAGGACAGGAACCCUAAUGGCUGUCAAGCAGGUAUCGUUUAUUCGCAACACAAAAUGCGAACAGGACAAAGUUGUGGAGUCUUUGAUGCGGGAAAUCAACCUGAUGAAGGAGUUGGAUCAUCCAAACCUGGUCAGACUGCUGGGUGCGACGAGACACAACGGCCACUUCAACGUCUUUGUCGAAUGGAUGGCCGGUGGUUCUAUUUCCUCGGUUCUGUCAGCUUACGGUGCUUUUGAGGAGCCAGUGGUUCUAAAGUACACACGGCAGUUGUUGACUGGGGUUGCCUUUCUGCACAGCAAGCAUGUCAUACACAGGGACCUCAAAGGUGCUAAUCUUCUGCUGGACAGCACCGGCCAGCACUUGCGCAUUGCGGACUUUGGCACGGCGGCUCAGAUGGCCUCAAAGGUCACGGCGGAAGGAGAGUUCAAAGGUCAACUCAUCGGCACCAUAGCCUUCAUGUCACCAGAGGUUUUGCGUGGAGAGCCGUACGGUCGAACAUGCGAUGUUUGGAGCAUCGGUUGCUGUAUGGUAGAGAUGGCGACGGCUCAUCCGCCAUGGAACGCCUCAGCAAUCUCCAACCACCUACAACUCAUCUUUAAGAUUGCGAGCGCAGAAGGACCGCCGCCCAUUCCGGACGAGAUGUCGACAGGCACCAGAGAUCUGAUGCUGCGAUGCUUUGAGCACAAAGCAGCAAACAGGGAAAGCGCCGCCGAUCUACUGAAGCACGCCGUCUUCACCAGGUUAUGAAAAAUUGGGUGAAUUUCAGGCUAGCGGCUAGCAGGCUAUAGGACGGACGCCGCAGAAUGCAGCUGUCAACCUAAGGCAGUUAAAUUGCAGUAUUAAAAUGGGUUAAUUUUGGUGCUCGUUCUUUUGAAAAAUAUCACCAACACUUUGGACUAUGGGCUCCGUGCGCCGACGAAAGAGGGCGCCCUUUUACCUAGCAACAACGUCCCACGGGCGGGACAUUUCGCUGGUUGACACGCACCGUUCCUUGUGUGUGACGCACGUACACCAGGGGAUUUGUACCAUGUACACGCAGUGGCCGUGCUUCGCGGCAAAUGAAUUGCAGUCAGGCAAGGUGGCGUCGGUCGGUCGCCCCUAACUGUACUCUCUGUGCCGGUGAGGGGGUACUUGUGAACGGAGCGGAUAAGUACUGAAAUGGUGCUUUUACCUCACCUAACCUAAAGGAUCAACUUUUGGAAAUGUUUACCAAGAAAAUGUCUUCUACAGUCACUACCAAAACUUGUUUGUAUUCACUGUGUAUUCAAGAAUUUCAAGAGGAUUUGGGCAGGGUAUGACAGAAUCGAAUGUAAAGUUAAUUACUUUGUAAUAUUCCUUACUUGAUUCCUGCCCAUAGGGCUUGUGAGCUUUUGCCAUGAAGGAAAGUGAUUCGUUUUAAGUCAAACAUGAGGUUAUAUUUAAAUAUUUUAUUUGUCCCCUUGGGGUCACUGCCCAAUGGAAUUGUAAGGUGAUACUUUGUGGCAAGCUACUUAUAUUAAGUGAUAAAUUCAAACAUGAGGUUAUAUUUAAAUAUUUUAUUUGUCCCCUUGGGGUCACUGCCCAAUGGAAUUGUAAGGUGAUACUUUGUGGCCAGCUACUUAUAUUAAGUGAUAAAUUCAAACAUGAGGUUAUAUUUAAAUAUUUUAUUUGUCCCCUUGGGGUCACUGCCCAAUGGAAUUGUAAGGUGAUACAUUGUGGCCAGCUACUUACUAUUAAGUGAUAAAUUCAAACAUGAGGUUAUAUUUAAAUAUUUUAUUUGUCCCCUUGGGGUCACUGCCCAAUUUGGAAUUGUAAGGUGAUACUUUGUGGCCAGCUACUUACUGUUAAGUGAUAAAUUCAAAUAUGAGGUUAUAUUUUAAUAUAGAUUUUCCCGGCUAUGUUAAAACGUUUAUCAUUUGAAUUCACCGUUUC